AAAAACAACUCUUCUAUAAUUGAAGACACUGAAAGAAAAAGAAAAAAAUGGCUUCUCUACUUGCUGUAAAAGAUUUUUCUCCAAUUGAAGACGCUGAAACUAUCAAGAAUGCAUGCAAAGGAUUUGGGACAGAUGAAACUGCGAUUAUAUCUGUACUAGCACACCGAAAUGAAGCUCAAAGAAAACUUGUGAGGCUGGCUUAUCAAGAAAUUUAUCAUCAAGAUCUUAUAGAACAGCUCAAAACUGAACUUUCAGGAAACUUUGAGAGAGCCAUUUCCCAUUGGAUAAUGGAUCCAGCUGAAAGAGAUGCUACACUUAUUAACGAGGCAUUAAAGAAGGCAACACCAGAUUACAAAGUGAUUAUUGAGAUUGUUUGCACUAGAAAUUCUGAAGAGCUUCUGGCUUUAAAGCGUUCAUAUCAUUCUCUUUACAAGCAUUGCCUUGAAGAAGAUGUUGCCUCUCAAACCACCGGUGAUAUUCGCAAAUUGUUGGUUGCAGUUAUAAGCACUUACAAGUACGAUGGAGAUGAAUUUGAUGAGAAUGUGGCUCAUUCUGAAGCAACCAUAUUUCAUCAAUUGAUUGAAAAGAAAGCUUUUAACGAUGAUGACAUUGUUAGAAUUUUAAGCACAAGAAGUAAGAAGCAGCUAUGUGUGACUUUCAAUAUCUUUAAGGACUUAUAUGGGACAACAAUUAACAAGGGAUUAUCAGGUGGUACAAUUGAUGAAUACAUUGGAGCACUGCGUACUUCGGUUCGUUGCAUUGAUGACAGCCGAAGAUAUUUGGCCAAGGUGUUAUCUCACGCCUUGAAUGAUUUGGCAAAUGAAGAAGAUGCUUUGAGUCGUGUUAUCGUCACUCGUGCAGAGAAGGACUUAAAGGAAAUCAAUGACCAUUUUCUGAAGAGAAACAAUGUCACCAUUCAUGAUUCUGUUGCUAGGAAGACAUGGGGAAUUUACAAGACUUUUAUCCUUGAACUGUUGGGAAAUGAAUAAGUUCAACUUUUUCGAGUAGAGUUUAGCAGAACUUGACUAGAAUAAGUUUACUACUAUCUCUAAGUUUAGCAGAACUUCACUAGAAUAAGUUUACUACUAUCUCUAAGAUUUAGAAGAAAAUAAGAUAAUUUUCAACAUGUUUACCUGAACCAAUAAACUAGCUUAUUUUUGCAACCACAAUAAUGUAGUUUAUCAACAGAUAGCACACUUAAUUCAUGCA